AUGGCAGCGCCCGACAUCCCAACUCUCGUUACCCAGUUCGUCGAGAACCACUACCUCCCUGAUUACGAUCGCAACCGCGGAAUCAUCUCAAAAUACUACCACCCUCAAGCUAUGCUCACCUUCGAGAGUGAGAACCACGUCGGCUCUGAAGCCAUUCAAGCAAAGUUGAACAGCCUGCCAUUCCAAGAAAUCCGCCACGACAAACCCAACGUUCGUGUACAGCCCUCAGUCACAGACGGAUUUGUCAUCGCCCUGAUCACCGGGCACUUCGAGGCCUCCGGUCUGGACAAACCCUUUGGCUUCAGCCAGGUCUUUCAGCUGAAAGUCCCAGAUACGCUCCAAGCGGACCAAUUCCUAAUCUGCAACGACGUGUUCUUGUUGGCCUUUUAA